UUCACGAAUGAACGCUUGCAUCUCAGCUUACAUGCAUUGCAAGCUUAUCUUUAUCUUCUCUCGCUUCUUCCCGCUAAAAUGAGAACGCUGAUCGAAGGAGAUGUCUAUAAUGGUGAGAGAGACGAGAACGCGAGCGCCUUUGUAAACUCCGGUUGGCGCGCGAAGCUGAUCGGCGUGCGGCAAAACAAACGCGAAUUUACUUUUGUUUGUCGACGGAAAACUGCGGAAAGAAAACAAUAGCCGGGGAGGAAAAAGACGACGUGUUUGUGAACCGUGUAUGAUAGAAGCGCGACGUUGUCCGUACGGGUCACACAAACGUGCCAUUUGCGCAAUUUGCGACGCGGAAGAGGAUUCUCUCUCUCUCUCUAUCUCUCUCGUGGGACAGAACGGUGGUUAAGCUUCGUCGUCGAUCGUGUGUCGGACAUAUUCAUUCCGGGCGCGAAAAUUUUUUUAACGCCGAGACGAGAAAAUCUUGUCGCGCGACGCUUACUCGAAACGAUUAAAGGAGAAGAGGAGCGAGUUGUGCCGGUUCGUGCACGCGGCACGAAAUGAACGGUGAUCGGUAAUCGUCGCGAGAUAAGAAAGAAAGGAAGAAAGACGCGACGAGAUGGCCACAAUAACGAGCACGACCUUCCCGAGAAUGUUGAAGAUAUUGCGGGAAAACAAUAAUGUCAAGGAAAAGCGCGAGGUUUUAACCUAUAUCUCCAGUCAAGCUAAAAAAUUAGAAUCAAGUGGUGCUAUUAAAGAAGAGCGCUACAAGGAGUUGUGCAGGCUGAUCAUAGAAGCAUUUACAAAACAUGAGGGAAUUAUGCAGAAUGAGGCAGUAGGUGCACUUAAUGCCAUUGUAAAAGAAUUCCAAGCGCAUCCUUUACAUCUUUUCGAAUCAAUGUUACAAACAGAUAAAAGGACAAGAUUAAAAAUACUUAAGCUAUUGGAGGUAGUGGAAGACAAUGCUAUUUCUGCAGCUGCCAAUGAUGGACAGGCUUUAAAAUUUUUUAAAGAUUGUAUGGAUAAUGUGCAACCUAAUUUAAUGGAAUGGUUAACACCAACAGCAUGCGUAGAUAAUUUGCAAAUGUUGACAAAAGUUGAACAUCAACUCUUAUCAGAUGAACAAAAACUAGAUGAGGAUACAAACAGUUAUGCGCUUAUUCUUUUGAGAAGAUUGUACAGAUUGGCUGCCAUAACAUUUGAUCAAAAUGUUCAGAGGUUUGAUACAUUACUAAUGGAGAAGAUUAUAAUACUGGCCUACAUGGGACAUAAGCGUCAGCGUGGUCCUGCUUUGAAAGUUUUGCAGCAAGCUAUUGCAACUAACUCGUCAUCACGUAUUCGUAAAGAUUAUCCUGAUUUAUGGGCACAAUAUAAGACUAAUUUACAAUCCACAUAUUGUAAACGUAUGUUGCUAUUAGUAGCAGCGUGUGAUCCAGAUUGGACUAUUCAAUGGAAUACUACUAUCCAGUUCCUUGGUACUGAUCUUCAUCGUGGUGCUAGCCUCAUAAAUAAUUUGCUGAGUGUUGAGGAAAAAGCCUUCAAGUCUACUGAUCCUAUUACACGAAGACAAGCUUUCCUCUCAUGGAGAUUGUUGAUUGACAAUUUUGCUUUAGAUCAUCAAGAACUCGCCACUGCUAGAAGAAUAAAGUUACUUUGUAUUCCAUUGAACACUAAGAACAGUAAAACCGAAUUAAUUGCAUUAACAAAAUUAGAAGUUUGGUGGCAUUUAAUUAUUAAAUUGUAUAAAGAUAUUGCAAAAUUUGCUACUCCUGUUAUCACGCAAUUUCUAAACUAUUGUUUUGGACCACUUGGGGAUACACCACUGCUUUCUUCCAAAUUUGACGUUGUUGCCUCUCCGGGCAAAAGAUUUUUUAAGACAAAAAUCGUUGCUGUGGAUGCUUUGUGUCAAUUAGUUAUCACAAAGGAAGAUCUCUUUGCAGUUUGUGCUCCAAUGUUAGAAGAAAGACUUUCUCAUGCUAUAUCUGAUGAAGUGUUUCAAGAAUGUUCUAAAAGCAUUAUUCACAGUGUGGGAGAAGCCCUACUCAUUCUCGGCCAACUUACAGAUCAAGAAAUGAAAUAUCGUUUUCAGCUUGGUAAAACAUUGUGGGCAAACUUGAUGAUAUACAUAAAGAAUAUAAAACUUGAGAUAAAGGACCAUCUGUAUAGAGAUGUGAUACUAGUCAUAACUGAAUUGGGAAACCAUAUAGAUAAGAUUAUGGUAAAAGAUAUGAUCUUCAAUGUAAUUUUACCAGAUGUUAAGCACAUUAUUGAGAAAGCUGAAUUUCAUGAUAACACAUUGCCAGAAUUGGUAUUAAAACUUUUAUCACCGCCACUACUUGAUGAAGUGUCAAAGUAUAUCUUAGACCAUAAUAGCGAUGCAAUUAAGUGCCUUCUGGAGCGAUGUUUGAGCCCAGAAUUUACAUAUUCCUCAGGUGUGCUUGGGUUUCUGGAAACAAUAAUCGAAAAUCUAAAAUCAAUGAUUGAUGUACAUAAAAAUAUGACAGUUUACAUCGAAUUAUGGUCUAUAAUAGUGCAGAUAUUAACAAAAUAUAUGACAAACUGUGAAGCUAUAAAUGAAAAUGAAUAUAAUUUUAAAACUGUCAAAUUGGUUUUAUCACUUCCACUUCGAUAUACAUGUCUGGAAAAUCUUGAGCAGAUACAAAAUCAAGCAAAGGUAUGGAAAGCUUUAUACAAACAAUACGAGUUACAAUCAGAUUCAAUAAGUGCAGUGAAAUCAAAUGAAAUCUUACUGGAUACUGCAAAUAUAAUGCGGGAAUGUUUAAAUACAAAUAAAAAUUGUUGUUCUUUUAUUGUAAAUUGCUUAGAUGCUUUAUUGAGCACCCUUGAUUAUGAAUCUUUGUUAGCUCAAGAUGAAAUUCCAUCCAUUGUACAACUCAUACUAGAUGUUAUAACAAUUUCGUUUAAUAAUACACAAAAUCUUAAUUCUGAAAUAGCUCUGAAAAUGUUAUCAGCUAUGCUUAUUACUGUAUAUGGACACAGUCCACAAAAAGUAAUAUCAUAUCUGCAUAGUUGUAAAUCAGUGAUCAAACUUAUACUUACAUCGCAAAUAAAGGCACUUUUUAAAGAGGUUGCAAGCAUGUGGGAGUAUAUAGUUAGUAUUUUUAAAGGACUUAAUAAACAAUUGAAUCACGAACUUUUAUCGUCGUUCAAAGAAGCAAUUAUAAUUGCAAUGAAUCAUCCUAACCCAGCUCUAAAAUCUUUGACACAAUCUAUUUUUGAAGUUCAAGAUUGCUUGGAUAGUACCGCUAAGUGCAUUUUAGAUGAUAUAAAAGAAACAAUAGAGAAAUCACAUUCAAAAUCUGAUAGUAUUACAAAGAAGAAAGUAGAAGCAGAACAAACAAAAGAGAUACGUAUAGCUGGGAGUUUCUUGAAUAGAAAAUCUGCUAAUAUAAAAUCAGUAUCCAGUAAACCACCAGAAAAGAAUGAUAAAAAUACGCUUAUACUACCUGAACCUGAUUCGCAAGAUUAUGUGUAUAUAAAAACAGAUUUGAAAUUUGAUGUUAAUCGUUUGACUGAGCAUCAAAAAGAAAGUUUAAAAAAGAAAAGAGAAGAUAUACCAGCGUUAUAUAAUGAUCUUUCUCAAUCGUCCUCACAAAAUUCUCAGAACUUACAAGAAUGGUUUGACAAAGUCAAACAUAUUAACGAAACAGAUAAAACCAAUAAUAGAAAGAGCGACACUAUAACUCAAAAACUUAUCGAUAAUGACGCCAACAAGGAAAAUAAGAUUAUGCAAACAAAGUCUGCUAAUGUGGUAGAUAAAGUAGUUGAUACCCAUAGUAGCGAAUUGGAUGUAAAUAUUGAAGAAAAUAUCACUGAUACUAAGCAAAAUGAAGAUUCAAUGAAAAAAGUUGAGACAGUGGAUUCUAACGAAAAACAAGAAGAAAAUACGGAUAUAUCGAAACAAACAAAUUUGGCUACACAUACAGCAACUUUCAGUGAACAAAAUACUGCAUCAAAAAUGGAUGAAGAAAGGGAUGCUAAAAUCACAAUAGCAUCUAUUACAAAAAAAUUAAAUUUUGAAUCACGAGAGGAAUUUCCUGAAGAUAAAAUGCAAGAACGACAAUCAUCUCCUUCGAUGUUAGAUAGUAUCAAACGACGACAUCGUAAUAGCAUAACAAAAUUAAAUUCAUCAUUAAAAAGUGAUGAAGCUGUUGAAAGUCAAAAAGAUCUAAAUGCGACAAAUGUACAAAGAACGCUGAGAAUGAAGAUUGCUCAGGAAAAACCUGGUACAAGUAGUAAACAAAAGUCAGACGAUGACAUUGAUAUUAAAGAAAAUUCUAAUGAAAAUAAGAAAGGUACUAAGCGUAAAUACAUGUCGGAUACUGAAUCGGACGGAAUCAUACAACGUCGAAAGCGAAAAGGUUUUAAUGACGAUAAUGGUGAAACAUCACGAGGCAGUGACUCCUUGGACAUAGAUAUGGACAAUGUGAGUCAACGUGUGAAAAAUGAAAUGACUCGUUUAAAAAUCGACAUGGUAUUUGACUGUCCUGUGGUCAAUCGUCGUCGAUCUAAACAUUCGGAUGAAGGAGAAAAAGAAACAAUACAGGAAAUUGAUGCAGGAAAGAAACAUGGAUUAAGGAAAUAUGGGACACCUGACAAUAAGACUUUUAAACUGAAGUCUCUAGAUGCGAAAUUUGUAGAAGGAUCAAAAAGAUUUCCAAAAACGCAGGAGAAGAAUACAAAAGAUGCAGAUGAUACAGAUCAAGGAGUAUUUAAAAGACGAGGUAGAAGAAGUACAAGACAGGAGUCUAAUAAGAAUGAUUUAGACAUUAAUAAAGAAGUUAAAAAAUCCAGUGAUACUAUUGACAAGGUACCUGAAUUGAAAAAUUCGGACACAGAUAUGACAGACAUAGUUCCAACGUCCAGCCAAGCAAUACAAGAUAUUGUAAUUAAUAGAGCUCAAGAUGAAAGACCUGAUGCAGAUAAUUCUAAAUUUACCAGUUCGAAUGUAGAGUCCUUAGAAUUUACUGAAUUAAACAAACAGAGUCAGGAUGAAGUUGAAGAUUUUGUAGAAAGUUCACAAAUUCCUAAUAUUGAUGUAAAAUUAGAUAAAAUAUGUGGCGAGAAACAGUGUUUUAUUAAAAUUAAUAAAAUGGAGAAAGUUCAAUCUAUUAAAGCUCCUGAUAUGAUUAUGGAAAAAAAUUAUGUACCUGAAUCUAUCUCCAUGGAUUGUGACGAUAAUGUUGUACCUGAUCCAUGUGAACAAUCGAAUGAAGCUAAUCCUAACAAUAAUACAGAAAUGAACGAUGAAGGAAAUAAAGAUAAAGAUAGUAUAAGUAAAGACUUGAUUCAGGAAACUAAUAGUUCCAAUAUAAAGAUUAUAAUCCCAGAAGAUCAGAAGACAGUCGAUAAUUCGUCAUCGAUCAAAUCUACAAGUGUAACUAGUUUUUCUUCGCCGAAAAGCAGUGUUAAAGUAUUUUCUAAACUUAAACCAUUCACAGGACGUGCUGCUCAUAUGCUAGGUUUAGUUACAAAGCAAGCACAACUCGAAGGUGACAAUCCAGCUAUUGUAUUAGAGGAUGAAUCAUCUUUAAAAAAAUUAAAAUCCAAGGAUGCAGAGAAUGAUACAAGUAAAAAGACUUUAGCAAUUAAAGAGAUCGAUAAAAUAGGCGGACCUUCUGGCAGUCGACAAGAAAAGAUUUUCAGCAAUAUGAGAUCAGCCGAUUAUUGUAUAUCUCCAUCGACACACACAUUUACUACUUUGAAAAACGAUGGCGAGAAACUUUCAUUUAAACUGGACAAGAAUACAUCAGACUAUUUAUCAAUGGAAAUUUCAGUUGACAAAGGAAACGAAGGAAAUGCAUCAUCUUUAUGCGAAAAAGACGAUCUACCAAUAUUGGAAUGGUCAAGCGCUAAUCCACCUUCAUUAACCGCAUCACCGAGUGCUAGUAUUCUUAAACGUCAACGAUCGAGCGUACCAGAACCGGAUCUAGAUUCUUCAACUCCUAACAAGCGAAAACGAGUGAGCUUUGCAGAUCCACCAGUAUCAAAAGAAAUGGGUUAUGAAAUAUCAAAUACAGAAUUUCCACAAAAAACUAACAAAUAUUCUAUAGCACGUAGCCCCAUACCAAGAAAGGAUUCUCCACUUAGGUUCAAACAGACCAAGCUUAAAUUUGUACCAAUAGAUGCAGAAAAAGUAAUAACUGAAAACGAUUCUCAAAAUGAAAGUGACACUGAAGCUGUUUUGGAAGCCGAGAAGAAAAAUGAGUCACUAAUAAGGAUAUCUGAAGCGAAUUCUGAAACUAUGGAUAUAGAUAAGCCAGUAUCUGGCGAUUUUCUAGAAAAUGAUAAUGUUAGCGAUAACGUUAGCGAUAACGAAGCAAAUACUUGCGCGAGAAUAAAAAUCGACGAAGAAUUAGGAAUAGCGCAGGAAAUUGAAAUAACUGCGGUUUCAAAUGCCCCUUCUGUCCCGGAAAAUCAACAGAUCUUAUCUUCUAAAGAUUCUGAGCAAAACCCUAUUGACACUGCAUCAAUGGACUGCGUGGGAAUAGAAGAUUCCGAAACGCAACAAGAUAUCUUUGACGGAAUGGAUACGACAAAUAAUAUUGCACCAAUCAAGAUGAAUAACGAUGACAUUAAUAUAUCCGUACAAAAUAAUUCGGUUGAUUCUAUUAAACUGAACGUGAUCAAUGAUUCUGUGAUAGCGGCUUUAUCUACCAAAGAUGACAAUACGACAAGUAUGGAAGAUACUGUAGAUAUCCAAAAUAUCACCGAAUUUAAUUCCACUGUAAAUACAGAUGAGAUAUUCUGUGGAAAGCUUAUACGUACUAGUACAGAGACAACGGAAAACGUAAUGGAACAGGAUACUUUAUCGGUAACGGACUCAAUAUUUGCGAGUUUACCGUUAACUCAAGAUUCUACUCAAAGCCAGGAGGCUCAGAAUAAUGUGGAACCUGAUCCCGAGCUUCUGGAUUCUACGCUGCCUAUUUAUCCAACAUUGUCAUCGUGUAUGGAGCCCAUCGACACUAUCAUUGAACAAUUGACUUAUCCUCUUUGGAAAAAGAAUUUGUGUACAUAUCUCGCGAAUAGAAGUUUGCACACAAUCGGUGAUUUUGCCCAAUUAUCGGAACGCGAAAUUAACAGAAUACCCGUGAAAGGUAAAUCAAAGACUGAAUUCGUGAAGAAAGUGUUAGAACAUUUUGAAAGUACAUGCAUGCUGCAAGCAGAAUCUUCUGAUAUCGAGUCGAAUGUUAAAGUACAAUCGCCGAUCAUACCGAUGGAUGAAACACCAAUUGUAUCAACCAUUGCUCUUUCGCUAUCUGUUGUCGAAACGGAAUCUGCGAUAGACGACAAUAAAUCCUUAAAUUGUAGUGUGUCGCUUAAUCAAUCUACCGGAGAUGUUUCCGAUAAUCUGCCAAGAGAAAUGUCACCUAUGGAAUGUUUGGAUAAAACAGAGUCUAUCAGUGAUAUGGAUAUUUCAUCGGAACCCAUAUAUUCUAAAAAUUCCAAUCUAUCAGUAUCAGAAAACGAACAGACAAGUGUGAAAGAACCAAUCACUGUUGAAAGUUCGUCUAAAACAUCCACAGAUAAUGUUAAAUCCGUGCCAAUUGCCUCAUCCUCCAAAAUCAUUACUGUGAGUGAAGUAGUAUCAUCUUCAAGUGCUAGCAUGGACACACCGAAAGGUCAUGCUAAAUCGUCAAAUGUAUAUGACGAACUUCUCAUUACGCACUCCUCCGUUGGCACUAAUACCGAGGAAACUGGUUCCGCGACGCCGAGUGUUCAAAAAGUCACAAAAUCCGUUGAGUCUCAGAUGGCGCUUGCGGAAUUAUUGGAUGAAAUUGAUGUAAAUCUGGUAUUAGAAAGCGCGGUCAGAAGAUGCAGUCCCGAGGCAAUUCUUUUACAAUACAAGGUAAAGAUGGCACAUUUGAAAGAAAAAGAACUAGUGAAGGAAACUAUUAGAAUGCUCGGUUUGCAAGACAAACAGCAAGUCAACGAUGCAUCGUUAAAAGCAGCCUGCCGUGCAUGUGGCGUCAAUAAAGUCCUCCUUAGAUUGCCCGACAUCUUCAGUUAUGAUAAACAGUUUUUUGAUAAGGUGCUUAAGGUAUAUAGUAAGAAACUUAGCAUAGCUGAUUGUUUGAACGUUUUCGAUUUUAAUCAAUUGAAAAGCGCAAUCUGUCAAAAAUGCACAUCGUCUGACCUCGUUGAGAUGCUUUCGGAAAAAUUGAAGCGAGAAGACCAAGACGGUAUCAAGCAACCCAUGACAGAAUUAUCUAGUUUGGACGCUAUGCUAAAAAGAUUGCCGAUGGAUGUGAUCAUUAGUCAUACUGUAGCGAACGAGGAGCUUAUUCCGGCGUCGGUAAUUCUGGACAUAGCUUUGCAGAAUAAUAGCUCGGGAGAUAUAGCGCAAGCAUUAAAGCAAUCCCCUGUUUUGGCUAGACGCAUCUUAGACAAACUGUGGACAUCUCAAUUUACGAUCGCGCAUAUCGAGAAUAGUGAAGUAUCCAAAGAGAGUUUGCUUAAUAUUUUUAAAAGCGUGUGCUCUAAACUGACCGCGCAAGAACUGCUACACGCGUAUCACGAAGCUAUGACAAAUAAGCUCAUCACAAAGAAAGAAAAUGAAUAGACUGGAUUAGAGAUUGAACCUAGAACUUAGAGUUCUAGGUUCAGUAUCAAAUAAUAUGACUGAUGUUUGUAGAAAUAUUGACGCGUCUCAUAUAUCCAGAAACUAGUUAUUCUCACACUUAUUUCAUUUCUAUAAAAUUCAUAAUUUGACUUAAUUAUGACAGUCAUGAAUGUUUUCAUUUGCGUCACGUAAUUAAUGAUAGCGCUUGUUCACUAUAUUUGUUUUGUAGUUGUUACCAUUGAUAUUUUAAUCAAUUUAUCUGUAAGUAUUCAUCAAGUUUAUUAAAUGAUAUAUUUGUCAUAAUUGUAAAACAUUGAUGUAUUAGAAGUUACAUUAAUCCUCGCAAUACCAAGCCAUGUUUCAUCGUAUAUGUUAUAUAGUGACGGGAUUAUUUAUAUCGUUAUACCUUUUUUUUUUUU